CGAGACGUGCUUGAGCGUCCUUUAUCAGCUUGACUAUCUUUCUGUUCGGACGUUAAAAAACACACGUGUUAUCUCACCAUGUAUGACUCAAACCAACAGAGCCCACAGGACAAGCAAGAUGCCCUGUGCAAGCUCUUCUUGGGUGGUCUCAAGAGAGACGAAACCUUUGAGGAACAGUUGAAAGAGUACUUCGGCCAAUAUGGCAGCAUCAAGGAUUGUAUCGUCAUGAGAGACAGUGAGAAGAAGUCCAGAGGGUUUGGCUUUGUCACCAUGAGUUCCAUCGAGGAGACAGACAGCGUUGUCAUGGCAAAAGAUGAAGACAACGAUGAGUGCCACAAGAUUAACGGCAAGAAAGUUGAAGUGAAACGUGCAAUUCCAAAGGGCCAGGUCAGUAGCGAGAGAACUAAGAAGCUUUUCAUCGCUGGCUUCAAGAACAGUAAUUUGACUGAAGAGGACUUGAAACAGUUCUUCAAUGAUUUCUGUCCGGUCGUCAGUGUCAAAAUCGUCUUAGAUAAAGAGACGACUCUAUCCAAGGGUUUCGGCUUUGUGGAGCUCUCCAACCGUCACAUGGUGGACAAACUAGCCAUCAUGGAGAACCAUGAAAUCAACGGAGUCAACAUUGUCACCAAGAAAGCAAUUAACAAGGACGACCAAGGUGGCCAAGGAGGAUAUGGUGGACGUGGUGGCGGACGAGGAGGUGGUGGUGGUGGUGGUUUCGGAAACCGAGGAUACCGAGAUAACAACUACUCUUCAGGAUACGGCGGUGGCGGAGACUACGACUCGUAUCGAUCAGACGGCUAUGGUAGUGGCAGCAGUGGAGGAUAUGGAGGCAUGGGAGGUGGCGGUGGUAGGCGUGGCGGGCAACGAGGUGGACGAGGGGGAUUCGGACAGAGUGCAGGGGGUGGAUCAUAUGGAAGCCAAUCAAGCGGGAGCUAUGGCAAUGGUUACGAUAAUUGGGGGAAUGGCAGCAGUGGAUAUGACAUGGGUUCGAACUAUGCUGGUGGCAACUCCAGUUACGGGCCAGUCAGGGAAGGUUAUGGCAGUGGUGGUGGUGGCAGCGGCAGCUAUGGACGGGGUGGUGGCUACGGUGCUCGUGGGGGCAGCAGGCCGUAUUAGAAGACCAUGGGACAACACUCGUAUCAUGUAAGAAAUCUAGUUGUGCUGGUAAUGUUAUAGCAUUACCCCAAUCUUAAGCAGUGGAACUUCAUCCAAUAUAGACAUCCUAAGAUCACUCACUUUCUCACAAGAAUCUCAUUGAACGAUGCGGAGCUAGUGGUAAUCCAUGCAGAACGGUUUCUAGAUUUUACGGACCUCCAACCCCCAGAUCUUGAUAGGCAACUUGGGGAACUUUAUCUAGAUAAAGAACACGGAACCUUUCACAACAAUGCAGCCUGUAUAAAGAACUUAAUAGAGAACACACUGGAACCCACCGACAUUGUCGUCUGUUUAACAGAAUUAGAAUACUGGAACUAUUCUUCAUUAUGCUCUCAUCAAUAAGACAAUGUUCUAGAUAAAGAUCUUGGCUUCCUUCUUCUCGACGCAGAUUGCUCUAAGAACUAGUUAAUGAACCUAGAAUCUUAAUGAAUGUGGAAUCUUCUCACAAAAUGUAGCCUUCAUUUAGAACAAGUUCUUUUGUCCUAUGAGUCCGUCAGAUCAUAGACCUCCUUAAAAACUUGAUUAGACGCUUAGAACCUGCCUGGGUAUAAAGCAUAAAAAUACUUUGCCAAUUCCAUUUAACUGCAACCUGCUUUUAGAUUUAGGACCAAGAAUCUUACAAAAUGUCAUAGCCUAGUAUAUCGGUUUGUUAGACUCUUCCAUCAAAUAAAUUGCGGAUUGCUUAAAAGUCGAUAUCUAGACAUGAACCUUGAAACGGUGCUCUUGCAUCAGACUGAGGCGCUUACUUCAUUUCUUGCAAAGUUACUUCCAAUUACGAUCUAGAUAGAGACUUUCAAACCGUCCACUAUAAUGUAUUUUUGUUUAUGAUCUUUCAGAAAGCAAACUAGACAAGUAACUUGGGAAAAGACAUCCGAAAUUUUUCAAAUUGUUGCACAAGCUGUUUGAAGUUGUUUUGCAUAUAAGUUUGCCCACUGCUAUAUCUUGUAAAUACAUCCUAGUAAACUUAGUCAUGUCUUGCUUUCCUGAAGUUUAAGCGCAAUGUCUAAAACAUUUUAAAGCAUUCUUUUAAUAAUAAAUGUACAUGUACCAGUGAAAUAGACUUAAACAAGUAUUAGAAUUCAGGGAUGGAUGUUUGGGCCGGAAAUUAACCCAAAAUAAAUCCCUUAAAAAAA